AUGGCAGAAGAAACCUUUAGAGAUGAUUCACAACAAAACCAUUUUAGUCGCUUAAAAGAUCAAGUUCGUUUGGUUAAAAGGAAAAACUGUGAACGCUAUGAGGUUGCUCCAAUCAAAGACAAACUAUCAUUUGAGAAUGGGUUUUUUAUGGUACUCCAUGCAUGCCAGCUGUUGGCCCAGAAAAAUGAUGGAGUGAUAUUAAUAGGGGUGGGGGGUCCUUCGGGGGCUGGAAAGACUGUGUUAGCUGAUAAGAUAUUCAACUCCAUGCCUGGCAUUGCUGUUAUUUCAAUGGACAAUUACAAUGAUUCUAGUCGAAUUGUCGAUGGAAACUUUGAUGAUCCACGUUUAACAGACUAUGAAACGUUGCUUCGAAAUGUAUGUGAUUUAAAGGCAGGAAAGCCAGUUGAAGUUCCUGUAUAUGAUUUCAAAUCCAGUUCACGUACAGGAUACAGGACGGUCGAAGUCCCGAGCUCUCGGAUUGUUAUUAUAGAGGGCAUUUAUGCUUUGAGUGAGAGGUUAAGACCUCUACUGGACCUUCGAGUAUCUGUAACAGGAGGCAUUCAUCUUGACCUCAUCAAACGAGUUAUACGUGAUAUACAACGUGCUGGUCAAGAACCUCAAGAAAUCAUUCAUCAAAUAUCUGAGACGGUAUAUCCAAUGUACAAGGCUUAUAUUGAGCCAGAUCUCCAAACAGCACAUAUAAAAAUAGCCAACAAGUUUAAUCCAUUUUUUGGAUUCCAAAGCCCUACUUACAUAUUAAAGUCAACUAGGAAUGUAUCGGUGGAUCAAAUUAAAGCUGUUCUAUCCCAAGAUUUUGAGGAAACAACUGAGCAGACUUAUGACAUAUAUCUUCUACCACCCGGUGAAGAUCCAGAGAGCUGUCAAUCAUAUUUACGGAUGCGAAAUAAAGAUGGGAAAUACAGUCUCAUGUUUGAGGAAUGGGUGACUGAUGAUCCAUUUGUCAUAUCACCAAGAAUUACUUUUGCGGUCAGUGUGCGUCUUCUUGGUGGACUUAUGGCCCUUGGAUACACAAUAGCAACCAUCCUUAAAAGAAGCAGCCAUAUCUUAUCUGAUGAUGAGGUUUGUGUAAAACUAGAUUGGCUUGAGCAACUAAAUCGACAUUAUGUUCAGGUACAGGGAACAGAUCGAUUAGCUGUAUCAUACAUAGCACAACAAAUGGGUUUGGAAGGUUCAUACAUUCCCCGGACUUAUAUUGAGCAGAUUCAACUUGAAAAGCUUGUAAUGGCCAUGCCAGAUGAUUUAAUAAGAAGAAAGCUCAACCUUACUGAAGAUUUGGUGUCAAGCCCCAAAGCAGCACAUUUUAGAACCUCUAGUGAUGGGACUUCCAUGAGACAUAAGCGUAUCAGAAGUGAUAUGUCACAGUCAUUUACAAAUCAAAAGGAUGAAAAUCAAGCCAAAGUAACUGGAUUCGUGCCGAACCAUCAAGGACUUCAUGAAAAAAAUAGUUCAGAUUCCGAAAUGAAACUGGAAAAUCAGGGUACCAUCACUCAGCUUUCAGAACAAAUUGCAUCCCUGCAUGAUAGAAUGGGCGAAUUUACAAAUCGUAUUGAAGAGCUGAACUCAAAGUUAACCACAAGCGAAAAUUGUCCAAACCAACAAAAUAUGGUCCUGCAAUCUGAGUCGUGUGAUGGCUCUGCUCCCACCUCUUACUUCGUCACUUGUUUGAGUAAUGGUUCCCUAAUUGGAUCUAUAAUGCCAAAUUCCUCAUUCCCAUCACAAUUAACUUUGAGUAAUGGUUCCCUAACUGGAUCUACAAUGCCAAAUUCCUCAUUCCCAUCACAAUUAACUAAGGAUGCACCUUUAAGAGAUGAGAUAUCAGGUAUUGCACGGGUUCAACGCCAGAUAAUGAAUCAGUUGGACAAUUUGAAUAAUAUUUUCUGUGAGAAUUUGGAAGAGAAGCCUCAUCAAACAAGAACCAACUGGAAAAGUGCUUCUUCUUCUUCUUCAGAUUCCGGUGGACGUCAGAUAAUAGCUGCAGUGGCUAUUGGUUGUUUGAGCAUCUUCGUAAUGAAGGGUUUGUUAACCGGAAAUUGA